GCGCAAACUACUUCUGAUGAUUAAUCAUCGACGUAAACAGAGAUGAUCCACAUCAAGGACCUAUGACUUUGAGGAAAUAUAUUGUCUGUCUCAUUUUCAUUUUAUCAAAACAGAUUUUUUAAUAGAAUGAUACAAUAUUUAAAAAAGGGUACAAACUGAACAAGAAUGCCACCAAAGUUUGUCAGAAAUCCGGCAGGUAGUGAUUACAGUCAUGCAAGAAGGGACGAAAAAACUUCCCUUCUGGAUGGUGAAAGUGACGAUGAAGAUUUCUUUUUAUCAGGACCAAAGGUGAAGCCAGGGGGGAGAAGAAAUGACCCAAAGAUAGACAGAUUACAGCACCAGGUCAAUGAGGUGGUGGAUGUAAUGCAGGAUAAUGUAUCCAAGGUCAUGGAGAGGGGAGACAAACUAGAGGAUUUACAGGACAAAUCUGAUAGUCUAGCUGACAAUUCAGAUAUGUUCCGCAGUCGUGCUAAAGGACUUCAUAAAAAGAUGUGGUGGAAAAACUGUAAAAUGAAGAUAGUAAUAGCAGUGAUUAUUCUUAUAAUCUUCCUUGUGAUUAUUGUUCCCAUUAUUGUGAAGUCACAGAAAAACUAAGUGAUGGCCAAUGGUUCCAAAAUCAGAGCUUUCCCAGAGGGUUUCCACACCAUGUACUGGUGAUUGUGGUAGUGUCUGCUAUUGAUAUUGUAUUCUUGUCAUCAUUCAGAAAAAUUGUGCCAUAUGUGCAUGCAUUUUCUUCAAUUGUAAAACAUGUGGGUCAUGGAGCCACAUUACUCUUUUUUAGAGUUGUAUCAUUUAAUGCUAAAAUGGGGUGUAUAGGGGACUUGAGUUAUUGGGGACAGCUUUAUAUUUUCAGUGGAAAAAUCAUUUUCUCUUUCUUAUAUCAUCUGAUACCCCUACUUUAUUUAAUGUCAUUGUGUACCUUAUUACAUCCGUUUUAUCAUAGGAAUCUGAAUUGUAGAAGUAUGACGGAAAUAACAUUCUUAAAUGAUCAGAGGAAAUUCGGUCUAUCUUAUAUUUUAUUAAAUUUGCCAGUGUUUAUUAGUUCUGCUUUGCAAACAGAUAGAGAUGUGUUAAUGCAAAAUAAUUAUGCUGCAAAUCAAGACAUCAUUUGUAAUGAAUCACAAGCAUAUACAAUUUAUGCCUGUUCUAGAUAAUGAAUUAAAUUUCAAUGACCUAAUAUUUGCCAUGAAAACAGCUAUAGUUGUAACCUUAAAAAACAUUGGCAUACAAACAAGAGCCAUGGCAUCCACUUCUCUGUGUGGAAAAAAUGUAUACAUUCCAUAGUUGUUUAGUUGUUGCAUACAAAAUAUCACAUCUCAACGCACCCAAUAAAUUCAGAAAAAUCCAUCCUUAAUUCUUAUCAAUUUUCCUUCUCAUCAGUGGAGAUUGAUCUUCCCUCAGUAUUUCAUUGGAGCUGUGUAAAACGGUUUGUCAUGCAUACAUGUAUAUUGGAAGAAUUUCUUUAUGAAAAAAAAAAAAUUAGAAGAGAAUUUGUAUAUUAACAUACAUUGUUUUUUGUAUUGGCAUCACAAUGAUAUAUGAUGUAGGAAAAUGUUAUAAUUGUUAGUAUAAUCAUUGCCCGUUUCUAUAAAAAUCUCAACUGACAAAAAAGUUUAAAUUUCAAUGUUUUGAUCUAUCUACAAUUACAUCAUCUUUCAUAUGGAAAUUUGCUUUUUUAUGUAUAUGAUGGAUUGCAUAUUUUUGUUUCUGUUUAACAUGUUGAAUCAUGAUCUGAGUUGGUUUUCUUAGAACAUAGUUUAAUUUUAGAGUAUAUAUAUGUAUUAUAAUACAUGAAAGAGAUCACAAUUAGAUGACUAAUUUGAGUCAUAAUUAACAUCAACUUUAAAUAUUGUGAUAGGACACCAAUUAAUUUAUUUUGUGAUUUAUUGUAAAACAAUGUUAUAAAGUUGUACAACACUAA